AUGGAAUCCACAUCUCCAUUCGAUGCUCCAACCAAUGCUGCUGUUUUGAUCACCGCAUAUGCUUCGCCCACAUCGCAGAUUUCAAGUGAUGUCAUUAGCGCAACAACCGGUUCGUCUCUGUCGGCACCGCCUGUGACAUAUUCUCCAAUAUUACCGGUUACUCCUUCCACCGUUGCUCCUUGUGGUGCAUCCUCUUCACUUCUUGUUGAGAUACCAGUUACUCCUUCCAUGGUUGCUCCCUCCGGUGCAUCUUCCUCUUCACUUUCUGUUGAGGUGUAUGACGGUAACGAGCAUGUUGACACAUUUGAGAAAAUAUGGAAUUGGCCUAUGUGGUACGUCAUUAACGCUGUCAGAGUCAACUUCAUCUAUAAGAAUGUGCAUGAUAACAACUUGCAUUUGUUUUUGAUCGAUAGAACUGGAGACACAUUUACUGCCGUUGUCCCACGUCUUUUAGUACCGCGCUACGAAAACAUGGACUUGGUUGGAAGGGUUUUUCAAAUCCAUCACUUCCAACUUGGAUAUAAUGGCCAUGAUUUCCCAAGAUACGAGGGUUAUAGUUUGCACCGUAAGGAAUGUGAGAUUGAAAUUAGCAAGAAUACAAGGGUCACCCCCGUGGAACCUGAUGUGGCAAGAGACAUCCCUCAUUAUCCUAAGACCAUCCUAUCCCUUAGACAUCUUGCAGAAGACAGGUCAAAGAAACGAAUGAUUGUUGAUGUCAUCGGUAGAGUUAUACGAGGUCAUCGAAGACGUGACCGAAGGCCUUAUGAUCAAAUACAUGUCGGGUUUUGGGAGCUGUACAUUCAGGAUUCAUCGGGUCAAGUCAUGAUGGUUAUCUUACAUCACAACCACAACCACCAACUAUGGAAGACACCAUUCACAGUUCAUGAUAGUUAUUUGGUUUAUAUUUCUCGGGUCAAGCUUAUACAUAGUACAUCAGAUAACUUUUUGGUGUCCAACAACUUGACCGAAGUAGAGUUCAACCCAGAAAUAUCUCUCUGAUGCACCAGUUUUGAUGUCCAACAACGUUUUUCCUAUAUGUUUUUUUUUUGUUAGAUAUUCGUCUCGAGAAUGUUAUGUUUUUGCAUUGUAUGAACUCCUUUUAAGCUUUACUGCUACUGUUCUUUACUUUCCUCAUUGUAAUUCCAGUAUCUCUAA